AUGCGACUAAGGAGACUGGACGGUAAGGCUGCAGACCUCUUAUGCUGGCUAAGUCUAAUAUGUACAGGAAACUAUCGAAAACCAUAUCCCUCUUCAAGACGACGACGCUUGCGCUAUAGAGGCGAUGAUCCAAGGAAGCUGUUCACAACAACAGUGGCACCUGUAACAGAUUACACCUCAGAGAUUGGGGGUAUAGCAGCCACAGGAGCCUUUCGGACAGUCGCGACGGCGGUGGUAGAAGCUGAAGCAAAUAUUUGCUCAUUCGGAGAACGACAUAUAGAGAAAUCAACAAAACUGUGGGCUGAUAUUCGCGCACUUCCUAGAACGAACCCGCUAAACGAAGCCGAGAGUCACAUUAACUCGAAGGCUUUCCUCUCCACUACAUACACAGACACUAGGAAGAGAGCAUUACCAGUAAAGCACACCCACGACCUAUACGAUAGGCUAAAGCGGAAAGAAGCUAUGGCCCUGGCUCAACUUCGGAUGGGAAUGACAAGGCUCAACAGUUAUCCGAAUAAGACAGGGGCUGCGGAGUCAGACCUUUGUGCCUGUAAGCAGUGUAUAGAAAUGAGAAGAGGGAGUUUGUCAUUCUACCUUGGAGGAAAAGCACGAUCUGACCCAGAGCAAUGGCGACCAGAUAUUAAAGCACCUUUAAGCUGGUCUAUCAAUCUUAAUUCACUAGGUGUUAAAAACCCUAGUUCAAUGAAGUCUUAA